AUGCAGAUGCAUAUACCGGUAGUAAUAGAAAUAACACUAUUAUGGCUUUCAAUGAUCUGCUUUCUAUCCAUUGACACCAAAUCUUUGGGAAAGUAUUCAUUAAAAGACGAGUUUAACGACGAAAACAAUGGUUUAGACAACAAUUUAUGGCUCACUUCUAAUCAAAGAAAUGCAAACACAAGACAGAGAAGCGGUCAAAACGAUAUGCCAUUAAAACAGCAAAUCUAUAAUCAUUUGUUUCGAAUGAGACGAAAGUUUCCCGAAAUUGACUCAAAAGGUUUCGACGAAGACGUCUUCGAUGAGGGUUUUGGCGACUUCUCGACGAUGAAGAAAAGGAAAACUCCAUACAAUUCAUAAUAAAACCAUUUGUAUGCCCACUCACUUCACUACCAAAUAUGAUCACAACUCAAUAUACCGAC